AUGGGGAAGUGGGUGGACGACGCCCGGGACGCCGCGGGGGGUGGACGAUACGCCCCGUACGCGAGCGGGGUCGUGAACGAUGGAUUGUGCAGAAAUUGCGGGGAACCGGGACAUUACGCGCGCGAGUGCCCGCGAGGGGCGCCCUCGCGCGGGACCGAUCGGUGUAAUCGAUGCGGACAGAUCGGACACUGGGCGGGUGAGUGCGCGCUUCCGGACACGCGGGGACCAGGGGCGAGGCCGAUGCGACCGAUGGGGGGGGCGCGACCCGGAGAUAAGUGCUCGCGCUGCGGCGGUCUGGGACAUUACGCGAGGGAUUGCCCGUCGCCGGUGGGGGCGAUCAUGGGCGUCGGCGCGCGAGAUGGUGCGUGCCGGAUCUGUGGACGCAUGGGACACUUCGCGAGGGAGUGCCGUGAUCGCGCCGGUGGUGGGUAUGACGCGCCGAGACGGAGACUCGCGGGGGCGGAGGACGUGUGCAACCGAUGCGGAGAAAAGGGACACUGGGCCAACAUGUGCCCGCAGCCGGAUAACAGACCGGAGAGUGAGCGUAAAAAGCUCGGCGCUUGCCGAAAUUGCGGUGAGGAGGGACACAUCGCGAAGGAAUGCCCAAAGCCGCAAAUGUGCCGCAUCUGCAAGCAGGAGGGACACAUCGCGAAGGAAUGCCCGAAUCAGGCGGCGUCUAACGCGGCUGCGAUGGACGCCGACCUCGAUAAUUACAUGAAAGAGGGCGAGGCCGCAAAGGGAGAGGGCGCGGCGUAA